UGCGCGUAUAUUCGGGGGCAACAAGGAAAAAUCACGCGAGGAAAAUAUUAGGGAAAUGGUUUUUACGUCCAUAACCUUCAGAAUAGGAGCAUUGUUAAACGAUAGAUAGAUGGAUAAACAGCGUUAACGCGCUAGUAGCGGAAUUAUGGGUGGCUAGCGGCUACGUAGCAGAAGACGCCGUAUUAAUUUCCUUGUAUGCGAUGUUCUGCUAUGCGCGCGAAUUUACAUUCCGCGCUCCUAGGAAUGCGGCUGUCACUGUCCUAUGCCAUUAUUCAAUUGAGCCAUUGCAGUGGAUAAUAUGGCCAAAUGGAGGAAUAAUUUACGAAUUGUAAGCACUAACAUCACUACUUUGCAACUCGCACAAGAAAUGAAAUGUUUAUAUUGGAGAUAUCGCAUUCAUAUGCAUCUUUUGUAGCGAUUGCUCGGUCCUUAACACCGCGUGAUUGGUGAAGCAAGCUUACGUAAGUGACAUAACUUAAAAUGAAAAUGGGUCGUUGACCAAAAAAUAGAAUUACGAAUCACAGGAAAAGGGGGAAGUUGAUGGAAUUUCGGGAGGUUGCCAUUGAAAAGCCAAUGAAGCAUUCAAAAGAAACGCGCUUUUUUAUUGCUGUGCAGUGACUCGUCAACAAUGACAGUGGUUAUCAUAUUCUUGAUGUGCCUCGGCCUGGCAGGAAUCGCCUUGUUCCUCAUGGUUGGAAGUUUUGGUGGCGAUGACGAACCCGACGCCGACGGCGGAGGUGUUGUCGUGGUGCAAGUCGGAGGCGGAGGUGGAGGCGGAGGUGGUAGCAGUCCCCCUGCGGUGACCCAACCGAUUGUGGUCACUGCUUCCGCGAGAAACUCCUCGUCGACGCCUCGCCUUCAGCCUGAGCCAGCUGGUUCUCGGGUUCCACCAGCUGGUCCACCCGUUCCGCCACCUGUUCCGCCACGUGUUUCGCCACGUGUUUCGCCACCUGUUAAGCCACCUGUUAAGCCACCUGUUACUCGCGCUCCGCCAGCUGCUCCUCAGCAUCCGCCAUCGUCCCGAGCUCCACCUGCUCCACCAGCUGGUCCACCUGUUCCGCGACCUGUUCCGCGACCUGUUCCGCCACCUGUUCCACCGCCUGUUCCGCCACGUGUUUCACCACGUGUUUCGCCACGUGUUUCGCCACGUGUUUCGCCACGUGUUUCGCCACCUGUUACGCCACCUGUUUCUCGGCAUCCACCGUCGUCCCGAAGUCCACCUCCUCGACCUACAACUACAGCGGCCACAACUACGACUGUCCCACCGGUCCGGGAGCUGAUCUGCACCGUGGGCGGCACUGCGGCCGAAUUCAAGAUGUAUCCGGUGGAUGGGCUCUGCCAUUACAUCUACUACACACACGUGUUCAUCCACUCCAACAAAAGUGAAGUCCGGUCGACGCGCUUCAUCACCAGCUUCAAGGUGUUCCAGGAGCGCAUGCCGAAGUACCAGAAGACUCAAGGGGGGCUCUCCUUUGAUGUGAGGGCGUCGAACCGUUCCAUUCAGGACACGGCGCUCGGUUCGCUGAAGUCGCUGCAGGCGAAGAACAUCGUGCACUACGGCUCUCUCAAUGUCAUCGACAGAGUCGCCACCCUUGGAAAACUCGUAGCGCGAGCUAUAGCUCUGGUCAAGGAUCUCAAGCGGCUCCAACAGGGCGACGCAAGCAAGAGAACCAUAAUCGCCAUCGGCGGGAUCGGUUACAGCAGCGCACCCGCCUGGAAAAAGUACACGGAUUCGAUCAAGGAAGCCGCGAAUGCGGGCUCCGGGAUCGACACCGUGAUCGCCAUUUCCUCGGUUAGCGGCUCGCUCGAGGAGGUGUCCAAGUGCAAGGCCCUGCCCCCGGCCUACAUCACGGCCUCCAACAAGAACUAUCCCUCUCUGGAGCGGCACAUGGAGCUGGUAAAUGAGGCGAGUGACAGCAUCUACGGCAACAAGGACGUCGUGGUGGGUCUCUCGCUUGAGAUGGGUGCCUUGAUGUACACCUUUGGGGCCGCCCAGCACAGCGCCCUCACUGGCGCGCCUCUGUACAAGAAAUGCAGGGCAGCGAGCCUUGUGCCGCUGGACAUGGGUUGCGUGAGUGGCCAAAUGGCACACGUCAACGACACCAACAUUGCGCUCGGCAAGAAAACACAAAAGGUGGUCCUGCUCUUCGACAACGACGUUACUGUGGCAGAAAAGAUGAAGUACGUUCUGGAGAAGAAGCCACGGAAGCGCUUUGCCUGGCUCUACUUCAACGUGUACAUGGCCGACUUCCUGGACAGGUGCAAGAUGCGCCAGCCUUUCGCGCCAAUACUUGUACUGCGCCAUAAUUUCAGCAUCGGCGACAAGCCGUAGUACGGCAAUAAAUGUGGCUGCGAGCGCGCUUCGCCUAUGCGACUCGCGCACGUGACCGAACUGUA